CGAAGAGGGGCGGGCAUGGGCCGCGCGGGCGCGGGCUCCCCGGGGCGCCGCAGGCAACAGCCCCACAGCCCGGGCGGCCGGCAGCGCCGAGCCCCUCGGCGGCGGAAGGCCCCGGCGUGCCUGCGCAAGAGAGCGCGCCGCCGGCGGAAGGAGCCCUGUCCCCGUAGCCCUGGGCGGGCCGUCUCCACUGCUGAGUGCCAGGACCCGUGCGCCUCCCGCGACGACUGGCGCUGUGCGCGCUCCAUGCACGAAUUUUCAGCCAAGGACAUCGACGGAAACACGGUUUGCCUGGACAAGUACCGGGGCUUCGUGUGCAUCGUCACCAACGUGGCCUCGCAAUGAGGCAAAACCGACGUAAACUAUACUCAGCUCGUCGAUCUGCACGCCCGAUACGCUGAGUGUGGUUUACGGAUCCUGGCCUUCCCCUGCAACCAGUUCGGUAGGCAGGAGCCAGGAACUAACGCAGAGAUCAAAGAGUUCGCCGCCGGCUAUAACGUCAAAUUCGAUAUGUACAGCAAGAUCUGUGUGAACGGGGAUGACGCCCACCCGCUGUGGAAGUGGAUGAAAAUCCAGCCCAAGGGCAGGGGCAUCCUGGGAAAUGCCAUCAAGUGGAACUUCACCAAGUUCCUCAUCGAUAAGAACGGCUGCGUGGUGAAGCGGUACGGUCCCAUGGAGGAGCCCCUGGUGAUAGAGAAGGACCUGCCCUGCUAUCUCUAGCUCCACAAGCGUGUGCCCCUGCCUGAGCCCCUUGCCUGCGCCCCCGGAACCUUCCACCUGGCACCCAUGACGGUCUGCCUGUAAACCUGCCGCGGGUGGGGCAGACCCGAGAACCCGGCGUGCAUCCGCUGGAGGAAGGUCCCGCAGCCGCGCUGGGCUCAAGCUCAGUGCCCCUCCCUUGGCUGCCUUGUGGGAAUAAAACAAAGAAAUGGGCCU